AUGGGUUUCUUCUGUGGGAGAUUUGAUGGCACAACAACCAUAGCAGAAAUUUUCCAGCAGAACAUUUUCUCAGUCAAUCUUAUCAAGAAUAUGCUCGCUUUUAUACUCUCUUAUGUUCCACUGUUAGGCAAAUAUGAACAAGAUCCUGAUGGUUUCUCAGAUGAAUACCCUCGCCCUUCUUCUUUGCUAGUCCCAGUUCCCGUCCACUGCUUAGUUGAAUCCAGGAAGGAGAAACUUGUGUCAGUAGAAUAUAGUCGCCUUCUGGAGAGGUCAGGUGCAAAUGCAGGUGCAGGUACAUGUAAAGAAAGUGAUUCCGAAUGUGCGAUAUGCUUGAAUUGCAUAGAAGAAAGGCAUGAAGUGAGAGAGCUUGGAAAUUGCUGUCAUGUGUUCCAUAAAGGGUGCAUAGAUGUUUGGAUGGAUCAGGGCCAGGUAACUUGCCCUCUCUGUAGAUCAAAGCUAUUGCCAAAUGAUCAGGAAAUGAAGCUCAAGUGUGGAGGAGAUCCAUGGAGGAAGGAGAGGAUGAUUUACCUGUUUGGUGAGGAUCAAUUUGAUUGAUCCCUUAUGC